AUGUCAUCUAUUGCAAGAUUACUUCGACCGGCUUUACGGCGGGGUAGUAGUAUAGCAGCUCGCAGCAAUUCCCUAACGCCACGAUGUUGUAGUAGAUCAGCGCAGAGCUUCAAUGCGCGGCAAAUACGGCCCUUAUCCGCCACGGCCCGUCGGAUGACAGAUAUAACAGACAUCCCACCCACACCCAUAACACACCUAUCCGAGACCGAAACCGCCAUGCAAGAAACGGUUUCCAAGUUCGCCAACGAUGUGAUCCUACCAAAAGUCCGCGAUAUGGACGAAGCCGAGAACAUGGACCCAGAGCUAGUAGAACAGCUCUUCGAGCAGGGUCUAAUGGGAAUAGAAAUACCCGAGGAAUACGGAGGCGCCGGGAUGAACUUCACGGCCGCAAUAGUAGGCAUUGAGGAGCUAGCCCGCGUAGACCCGAGCGUAAGCGUCAUGGUCGACGUUCACAACACAUUAGUCAACACAGCCAUCCUCAGGUGGGGUAGCAACGACAUAAAGCGACGUUACCUCCCCGCCCUCGCCACAAACACCGUCGGUAGUUUCUGCCUCAGCGAACCGGCCUCCGGAUCCGACGCCUUCGCGCUACAGACCCGGGCCACGGCGACCGCGGAUGGGUACAAGAUCUCCGGGAGCAAGAUGUGGAUUACGAAUUCGAAGGAAGCGAAUUUCUUUAUCGUAUUCGCGAAUCUGGAUCCGAGUAAGGGACACCGGGGUAUCACGGCUUUCAUUGUGGAGAAAGAUACCAAGGGCUUCUCGAUUGCUAAGAAGGAGAAGAAACUUGGUAUCCGCGCGAGUAGCACGUGCACGCUUAACUUCGACGAUGUUGAGGUUUCUAAGGAUAAUCUCCUUGGUAAGGAGGGCGAGGGAUACAAGUACGCUAUUGGUCUGCUGAACGAAGGACGUAUCGGUAUCGCUGCCCAAAUGACAGGCCUAGCACUCGGUGCGUGGGAGAACGCGGUCAAGUAUGUAUGGAAUGACAGGAAGCAGUUUGGCAAGCUGGUGGGUGAGUUCCAGGGUAUGCAACACCAGAUCGCUCAAUCGUACACUGAGAUCGCAGCCGCACGUGCGCUAGUAUACAACGCCGCCCGCAAGAAGGAGGCCGGUGAGGACUUUGUGCGCGAUGCGGCUAUGGCGAAAUUAUAUGCCUCCCAGGUCGCAGGACGUGUGAGCGGUUUGGCGAUUGAGUGGAUGGGUGGUAUGGGAUUCGUACGUGAAGGGCCUGCUGAGAAGUUCUGGCGGGAUAGCAAGAUUGGAGCCAUCUAUGAGGGAACGAGCAAUAUCCAAUUAAAUACGAUUGCCAAAUUACUCCAGAAGGAAUACACUACGUAA